UUUAAAUAACAAAGGUUUCUCAUAAAACGUUCUCUCUCUCUCCCCCAUAAAUAAACACCCCAAACAAUUCACGGGUUUCACUUGAAUCGUUUUAUUUUCUUCCAUUUACUCCAAAACUACCAAAACAUGGCGAAAGCGCCACCGUCAAUCUCUCUCCUCCUCCUUCUCUCCGCCGCCGUAUUCCUCACCCUCCCCGCCGCUAUCUCCUCCAUCGGCGUCAACUACGGCACUCUCGGAAACCUCCCACCACCGACUCAGGUGGCGAACUUCCUCAAGACUCAGACUUCGAUAGAUAGCGUCAAGAUCUUCAACGUAAACCCUGAUAUCAUCCGUGCCUUCGCCGGUACCGGAAUCUCCGUCGUCGUCACCGUCCCUAACGGUGAUAUUCCGGCGUUAGCUAACGGAGUACAAGCUCGUCGGUGGGUUUCUGCUAAUAUUUUGCCGUUUCAUCCUCAGACAAAGAUCAAGUAUAUCUCUGUCGGAAAUGAGAUUCUGCUCUCCGGAGAUGAUAACAUGAUCAAGAAUCUUUUACCGGCGAUGAAGAAUCUUAACGCUGCUUUGGUUCGUGCUGGUGUCAAAGAUGUUAAGGUUACAACCGCACACUCACUUAACAUCAUAGCCUAUGAACUGAACGGUGCACCAAGCAGCGGUCGAUUCAGGCCUGGCUGGGAUAAAGGCGUAUUGGCUCCAAUCCUAGCUUAUCAUCGUCAGACCAAGUCUCCGUUCAUGGUUAACCCUUACCCUUAUUUCGGUUUCGACCCCAAAAACGUCAACUUCGCCAUUUUCCGCUCACCGUACAAGGCGGUCCGUGACCCAUUAACCGGAAAAGUCUACACAAACAUGUACGAUACUCUCAUGGACUCGACUUACUCAGCCAUGAAAGCUCUUGGCUACGGUGAUGUUGACAUCGUCGUUGGUGAGACGGGCUGGCCUUCUGCCUGCGAUGCACCGUGGUGCUCUCUUGAAAACGCGGCUUGGUUCAACCUCAAUAUCAUUAAACGUGCACAAGGCCAAGGAACACCUCUCAUGCCUAACAAACGGUUCGAGACUUACAUUUUCGGUUUGUUUAACGAAGAAGGCAAGCCCGGUCCAACUGCAGAGAGGAACUGGGGGCUGUUCCGGUCAGAUUUCUCUCCCGUUUAUGAUGUUGGGCUCCUCAGAAAAGAACAAGGUGGUGGUGGUGGCGUCCGUCCAGCACCAGCAUUGCCUGCGCCUACUGCUGGUGGUACAUGGUGUGUGGCUAAGUCGGAAGCCACUGAUGCGCAGUUGCAAGGGAAUAUUGACUGGGUUUGUAGUCAAGGAGGCGUUGAUUGUAAACCGAUCCAAACCGGUGGUGCUUGCUUUGACCCUAGCAGUGUGAGGUCACAAGCGUCUUUCGUGAUGAACGCUUAUUUCCAGAGAAACGGUCGCACUGACGGGUCAUGUAAUUUCAGUGGAACCGGAGUCAUCGUAGGGAACAACCCAAGCAAUGGUGCGUGUAAGUACUAAGUGAGACAUCUCUUUAAGAGAUUUGUCUAUGUAGCAUUUGUUUGGAAAGACUUAAUGUUAUGGUUUCUGAGGUACUUUAUGUUUAAUUUUGGAUGUUCUUCUAAUUUUAAGGUUUCUUUAUUCAUUCCCUUUUUCAAAUCCUUUUAUUUGAAUAAAAUGAAGAGGAACUUCUUGUAAUAUAUGCUUACGACA